AUGCAGAUCUACAGGCAGAUGAAGAAUAAACCUACAGAAGGUUUCGUCAGCGAUCCGCAGUUAUUGCCUAGGAUCAAGGAGCACUGUCGCAACUUUCCAGACCAAAAGUUCUUUCGACCAGAGGACGUAGCUUUUGACUUGCAAAGAAAAUACUUUGAAUAUAGUCGUAAAAAAUACAAACCUUUCGUGGCAAUAGUCCGCGAAGGGCUAAAUCGUUUGAAUAUCAAGGACUCACCUGAACCUGAGGUCGAAAAGAUCGAGGAAGUUGAAGUAGUAAAUGAGCCCGAUAUUUCCGUUGUUCGUGAAGUCAUCUCACCAGCAACAGCAGCAAAGAACGAGAGGAAGAGGAAAGCUCAAAGCUCUACUUCCUCAACGCCCAAGGUUGAAGAUGUCUACGUUUCUAGCGACGAAGAAAAUGACAAGCAAUUCGAGGACAUCAAGACAACAAAUCGUGCCAAUAAAUCGAUACUGAACCUUUACAACAACGCGAAGAAGACAGAGUCUUCUCCAGUUCUGAACACAACCACAUCAGCACCGACGAAGAAAAAACGGACAGCAGGAGCUGCAAAAAGCACAAUCAGUGCACACACUAGCAGUCCUUCCGUCGCGCCUCGAGGUCUUGGCAAUGUCCCCACUCUUGCGGUACAACCUCGUCCUUCUCCAGUGAAGUUUGAAGAUCUGGGCGGUUGUGACAGGCAGUUUUUGGAAGUUUGCCGUCUCGCUAUGCAUAUGAAGCGGCCACAUACGUAUAAUGUACUAGGAGUUGAACCACCAAAGGGAUUCUUAGUGCAUGGGCCGCCUGGAUGCGGAAAAACACUUUUUGCUCAGGCAGUAGCUGGUGAGUUUGACUUGCCUAUGAUCCAACUCGCCGCCACGGAACUAGUAUCCGGGGUAUCUGGCGAUACCGAAGAGAAGAUCCGUCAGCUGUUCAUCAUAGCAAAACAAAGCGCUCCGUGCGUAUUGAUUUUGGAUGAUAUCGAUGCUAUUGCGCCAAGACGUGAAACGGCUACGAGAGAAAUGGAAAGGCGAAUCGUCAGUCAGUUGAGCAAUUCUCUUGAUGAGCUCUUUGGACCUAGGAAAGACCAAACCUUGCGUGACAGAAUUCACAUCUCCGACAAUGGUGAAGUUACUCUUGAGGAUGAAGAGCGAGUUAAUGAGAAUGCCCACGUGUUGGUGAUUGGUACUACCAGUCGGCCAGAUGCUGUGGACGGUGGCCUCAGACGUGCUGGGCGUUUCGAUACGGAGAUUUCACUGGGUAUUCCCGAUGAACAAGCCAGGCAAAAGAUUUUGAACACGGUUUGCAAGCUACCUCUGGACGAAGAUGUUAACCUAAAGAUGGUGGCAAGGUUGACUCCAGGAUAUGUGGGAGCUGAUUUGAAUGCUUUGGUCAGGGAAGCAGCUAAAUGCGCUAUUGAUAGGAUAUUCGACACGAUCGUAAGCCAUAGAUCAUCAAAACGCCAAAUGACUAACGAAGAAGUGAAGGAAGAGUUGGAGAAGGUGCUUGCUUGGCUACAGUCCGAAGACGAUCCAGGAGUGUUGGAGAAACUAGGUGGAUUCCGAGUGGCUAUGUCGGAUUUCGAACGUGCACUCGAAAAUGUUCAACCUUCAGCGAAGCGUGAAGGCUUCGCUACGGUGCCGGAUGUGUCGUGGCAGGAUAUUGGUGCUUUGAGCGAAAUAAGGCAGGAAUUGGAAUGGCACAUACUGCCUGCGCCGCAUCCUGUCCACCACGCUGCUGUUUUUUUCGAGAGCGGGCUACGAGUCGCUCCGUUGUCCUCGGCUCGAAGCUCGUGUCAUACGGGGACGCCUCUGCGUCUCUACUGGCCCCACCGCCGGCAUGCUCAUCACGACAGAAUGGAUUUCAUAUUGGAGCUUGUUUUUCACUUGCAACCAUGCGGCACAUGUAAUUCACAGGAAAAUGAAGCCGCUAUUGAUGAGUUUCAAAGAAAUUCUUCAGCUUCCGACGCGCUUUUGAAUGAACAAGAAUGUCAUUGCUGUUUCAAGUACUUUUCUGCUCGACUUUUCACUAAUGACACCAGUGUGGAUGCAGUGGGCAUGGAACACUUCCAGAAAGCCGUUAAAAAUAUUCGGCCUUCUGUUACCGAUGCGGAUAGAAGGAAGAAAUUGCGUUGUAGUGUAUUACAUUUUAUAACAGGGGUUUGGGGGGUAAUCGAGCAUGCUGAUCACCCCCUUUUUUUGUGCGCUGUAAACGCAUUAAUCCAACAGCCAGAUCCUAAUAUGCAAGAGGGUUCUAUGGGAGCAAUACAGAAGAUUUUUGAAGAUUCUGGGGACCGUUUAGACACUGAGCAACAUGUGCAUCCAUUAAUGCCGAAGAUAUUGUCGUUCUUUAGUUCGGAAAGCGCAAAAAUGAGAGGCUUAUCGAUGAAUUCCGUCAAUAGCAUUCUGAUGAUAAAUAAUGAUCCAAUUAGCGCGGUCAUCGACGAUUUUUUGCAACAGCUAUUCGGCCGAGCGCAUGACCAAGAUCCAGAAGUUCAAAAGCAAUUAUGUCGGUCGCUUACGUUGUUACUUGAUAGUCACUUUGAUAAAUUGGCUCCACAUCUUCCAAAUGUCAUCGAUUACAUCAUCAUGAAGACUCAGGAUCCCAACGAGAAUAUCGCCGUAGAGGCAUGCGAGUUUUGGUUAUCACUGGCCGAGAAUUCAGACGUAUGCAAAGAGUUACUGUCACCAUUCCUGCCAAAACUGGUUCCUGUUUUGAUCAAAUGCAUGCGAUACUCGGAAAGCGACAUAAUUGCUCUGAAGGGUAAUUGCGACGAAGAAGAUGCCAUGAUACCGGACAGGGAUGAAGAUAUAAAGCCUCGAUUCCACAAAUCAAAAGUUGCGGCAGGUUUGGUCAAUGGCGAAGAUCCUGAUGACGAUGGCAGCGAUGAAACCUACGCUGAAUGGAACAUACGACGCUGUUCCGCUGCAUCGUUGGACGUUCUUGCCUCGAUUUUCAAGCAAGAACUUCUUCCUAUCUUGCUACCAAUACUGAAGGAAGCUCUUUGUCAUCCGGAAUGGGAAGUGAAAGAAUCUGGUAUCCUAGCUCUUGGGGCGGUAGCAGAAGGUUGCAUGAAUGGCAUUACUCCCCAUUUACAUGAGCUUAUCCCUUUCCUGUUGAACAUGCUGAACGAUAAGAAACCUCUUGUACGCUCCAUCACAUGCUGGACUCUUUCGCGGUAUUGCUCCUGGGUUGUGGAAGAGGCUCGAGAACAGUACUUUGAACCUACAUUGAAAGGGCUUCUUGUUCGAGUGCUAGAUGGUAAUAAACGAGUACAGGAAGCUGCUUGCAGCGCUUUUGCCACAGUAGAAGAGGAAGGUGGAGACUACAUCGCUCCUUAUCUUUCAGACAUCUUGCAGACCUUAGUUCAGGCUUUUGGGAUCUAUCAGGCCAAGAACCUGCUUAUUCUUUACGAUGCAGUUGGUACUUUGGCUAAUUCGGUUGGAAGUGCUUUGAGUCAGCCGGUCUAUGUUCAAGUGCUCAUGCCACCCUUGAUGGAGAAAUGGCAAAGGCUUGGUAACGACGACAAGGAACUGUUUCCAUUGCUCGAAUGUGUGUCAUCUGUAGCAUCGGCAAUGGGCAUAGCGUUUUUGCCUUACUGUGAACCAGUUUACACGAGGUGCAUCACGUUGAUAACACAAUCAUUGCAUCAGUCUAUGGAAGCACAGCAGCGACCAAAUGAGGUGGAAAUGCCCGAUAAGGAUUAUCUCAUAGUUGCAUUGGACCUGUUAUCUGGUCUAGCUGAAAGCUUAGGCGCCCACAUUGAGCCAUUAGUGGGUCGCAAUGAAGUGCUGCAGUUGUUGUCGUUAUGCGCUGUGGAUCCUACGCCUGAAGUACGACAAAGUAGUUUUGCACUGCUUGGAGAUUUAACAAAAGCUUGUUGGCAUCAUAUAAAACCAUAUACACAGACUUUCAUACCUAUCUUGGCAAUGAAUUUUGACCCUUCUCUUAUUUCCGUUUGUAACAAUGCGAUCUGGGCUUUUGGCGAGAUGUCGCUCAAAAUGGGAGUGGAGAUGAAGCAGUAUGUGCUAUCGAUACUGCCCCAUCUUAUACGCGUUAUGAAUCAAAAAGACGGACAGCGAACACUGUUGGAGAACACGGCGAUAACAAUUGGGCGGCUCGGUACGUAUUGUGCCGAGGAAGUAGCUCCACAUUUGGUGACAUUCAUUCGACCAGCAUGCUUCAGUCUACGUAAUAUCAGAGACAAUGCAGAGAAAGAAAGCGCUUUCCGAGGAAUUUGCUACAUGAUUAAUUUAAACCCAUCGGGCGUUGUCAAUGACUUCGUAUUCUUAUGUGACGCUAUCGCUUCAUGGUCAACACCGAAACCCGAGUUAAAGGAAAUGUUUUCACGGAUUUUAAAUGGCUUCCGAAAUCAAGUAGGCAUUGAGAAUUGGACUGCAUUUACCGCCCAAUUCCCUCCACCACUUCGAGAACGUCUCGCCGCUCAAUACAAUGUUUGAUAACGGCUUCCACGAGUUCACAGACUCUUACCUAUUUGUAGGAUUAACUUCUAUGUUGAGCUGAGUUUUAUGUAGUGUGCCUUUUUUAGUGUUCUAUCUGUAUUCUUUUCAUAUACUUGUAUGUGUCCAGUCUCGCAUACUUACCCGCACUCAUUGCAUGUUUUAGAAAGCAAAAUAAUAAGGAGUCCUGGCUUACUGCCAAACGCUUGCGAUAGAGUUUUCAAGCCAGUGAUUCUUUGACCUUGCGACUGAUGUCACAUGUGAUAUUCGUUUUUUUGUGCAGAAUUUUCUCAAAUAUCCAUAUGUGACAUCCGAUAUCCUAAACAAGUUUUAUGUCUAUGUUUCUGUACAUCUGUGUUGUUUGUUGCCAGUCCCUUGUUUAGUUUGGAUACUUGCACACCGGGUGAAUAGUAUGUACUGUUUUAGUUGCCCAAUUUUUUUUCGCUACCGUUUUUUUUUCAAGUUUUAGCAAUAUCCUUGACAAAUUUUAUUUUCUAGUCAUACUAAAUCCUGGGUGCGUAUCCAUGUGGUGUUGUUAUCAGCGUCCUUGUUAUAUGUUUGUAGUUUAUAUAUAUAAUUUCCCAUCUGAAUCCAUUGUUCGUCAAGAUGUGGAUUCUGGUUUUGUUACCUGUCCAUUUCUCUCCAUGUGUUGAAAUUGUAGGGUUGUGAUCCUGUUGACUCCUCGUACGAGUUACUGGUCGCUAACGCGCAUGUGAGCGGGUGCGUUUAAAUGGUUCAAGCGAACGAAAGAUUUAGAAAUAGUAAGUUCUCAGAUUUUUCGGUCUGUAGAAUUAACGCGCAUUUUGUCCCGGUCUCAGCCGUUCGCUUGUCCACGUGCGCGUGACACCAUCGCCUGGUGUUUUCUUCUCAGUGCUAGUUGUAGCGUUUUUAUGUUGUUAGUCUAUGUCCCACGUCCUCGUCCUUGUCUACUAUCAGAAAAGUCCGUCCCUUCCACUUCUGUCCAUUGUCCCAGUCCAAUGUGUGCAUGUUUGUCCUUGCGUCCGAUCUCUGGUGCUCUCUCCCUCUGAUCCAUCAUCUUUCACUUGUUCUCGUCUCUAUAUUCUUCUACAAUGGUGUGCUGUUCCUUACCCUGUAUUCGUCUUGCAAUCUGAUUACACUAGUUUCUACUACUUGACAGAUAGGAUUGUAUCGACAUAGUUGCAGUAUGUAUGACGUGAACUCGAUUUGUUCUUCUUCAAAUUUCGGGUUGAGUACCUGUGUUUUGUCCUCGAGGAAUCUGUGAUUAGUGUCGUGCGCCCAAAAUGAUUGGCAAACUUGGUUGCAAAGUUCUUCUCAGUGAGCUGGUCAUUAGGGGGUUUCCCACGUAAAUAACUUGUUUAUAUGUGUCUGGGUUUCGCGAGGCCAUUGGUGCCUGUGGGUCGAUUUGUUGCUCUGAUAAAAUUUUAUGUGUCCGUGUAUAGUUGUUUGUAAUAUAUCACUCUUCUUGUAUUGAUUGUUCAGUUUAACACAGCGCUUCAAGACCAAAUAAAAAUGACAAUUUUCAUGAAAUAAAGAGUUUCAAGAUGA